AUGGCCCAAGUUGACAACGAAGUCAAGGGCAAGCUCGUCCUGAUCACGGGCGCCUCCGGAGGCAUUGGCGCUGCCGUAGCCCGCCGCCUGUGGUCUCUCGGCGCCCACCUCGCCCUCACCUAUUCUUCUUCCCCCGAGAAGCUGCAGGCCUUGGAGCAAGAACUCUACGAAGCCUUCACCAACGGCCAAACCGCCCACGACCCAGCCCUUUCCCUCAAUCGUACCACCGCCAACCCCAAUCCGCUGCCCUAUUCUACCCACAAAUGCGACUUGUCCUCGCCAGCCGACAUCCAACUCCUCUUUACCCAGCUCCAGAACCUGCACGGCCAGUCCGGCCCCGACAUCCUCAUCAGCAACGCCGGUUAUGGCAAACGCAUCCCCAGCAUUUUGGACAUCAGCCUCGACGAGUUCGACAAGAUGCUCAACAUCAACCUCCGCUCGUCCUUCCUCCUCUGCAAGCUCUCCCUCCCGCACAUGAUCCAGCGCAACUGGGGCCGCAUCAUCUUCGUCUCCUCCAUUGCUGCCCAAGGCGGUGGGAUCAACGGAUGUCAUUACGCUGCUUCCAAGGCGGGGUUGCAAGGCUUGAUGAAGAACCUGGCUAGGAAGCACGCCGGCCAGGGCAUCACGGUCAAUGAUGUUGCGCCGGCCAUGAUUGGGGAGACGGGCAUGAUUCCGGAUGCCAAGUUCGUGGAGGGAACGCCGGGAGAUGUCAAGAAUAUUCCUGUUGGAAGGCUCGGGACGACGGACGAGGUGGGGAAUGUGGUGGAGAUGCUGGUGAAGACGGGGUACAUGACGGGGCAGAGUGUGUUGUUGAGUGGGGGGUUGAUGUAG